AUCAUCAGUUAUUUUGGUUUCUUCUUGCUUUUCCUUCAGUCUCCAGUAAAAUACUUGUGACCAUGGGGCACUCUUUGGGAUCUGAGGUGAAAAACGACCAUUCAGAUUUUCCUGAUCUAAUCUAAAUUCUGUUUUUUGAAUAGUAUCUUGGAUCUGCCCAGUUUCCACAGUUGACAAAAAGAUUGGCCUUUACCAAAGCUGCCUGCAUGCUGUCAUUUUAGACUUAGUAGAUAUGCUGUACCCUCCAGCUGUGCCCCAUUCUUGUGAACCAAGGGUCAUUUAAAUUAUUACUUAUAAAACAUUUUCUUUUUCCUGUGAAGUAUCCUAAUAUACAACUGGAGGCUGGGGUUCUGAGAAUUUUCAGCUAUUUUAGCGUUAAAUAGCAAUGUUUCAUUCAUAUAGACACUGAGGGUUGCUGGGUUGUAGCAUGUGUUCAUUAUGGCUUCCUGCCACAUUCUUUAGGAAAAUGUCACAUUCUAUUUCAAUCAUAAUUUUGCAGAGUAGGCAUAGUUUUAAAACGUAGUUUUCCUUGGUUUGCAUAUGUUUCUGAAUACAUAGGGAUUUUCAUAAGGAUAAAAGAAAGUGUAUGGAUUGAUUAAUUACUGCUAGUUAUAGUCUUAAAGCUUUCCAGUACUCCCCGUGUUAACCAACUCCACAUUUUGUCAGUUUUGUCAAUUUAUAAAGCAAGUGUGGGUGGAUACAAGACUCUUGCCUCAAAAUACUAAAUUUAUAAUCUAUUACUCAUCAUGAUUAAAAAAUAUUCUGGGCUAUUUAAUGUAGUAAUGGAAACCACUUCUAAUCCUCAAACUUCAGAAGAAGAGAAAACUGAAACACCAGCAAGUCAGGAGGUAGUCAGUCCUGAACCAUAUAUUAAGCAUCCAUUACAAAACAGGUGGGCGCUCUGGUUCUUUAAAAAUGACAAAAGUAAAACCUGGCAAGCAAAUCUUCGUCUGAUCUCAAAGUUUGAUACUGUUGAAGAUUUUUGGGCGUUGUAUAACCAUAUCCAGCUUUCUAGUAACUUAAUGCCUGGUUGUGACUAUUCACUCUUUAAGGAUGGUAUUGAGCCCAUGUGGGAAGAUGAGAAAAAUAAACGAGGAGGACGAUGGCUUAUUACACUAAACAAACAGCAGAGACGAAGUGACCUUGAUCGCUUCUGGCUAGAGACACUGCUGUGCCUUAUUGGAGAGUCCUUUGAUGACUACAGUGAUGAUGUAUGUGGCGCUGUUGUUAAUGUUAGAGCUAAGGGCGAUAAAAUAGCAAUAUGGACUACUGAAUGUGAAAACAGGGAUGCUGUUACACAUAUAGGGAGAGUAUACAAGGAAAGGUUAGGACUUCCUCCAAAGAUAGUGAUUGGUUAUCAGUCCCAUGCUGACACAGCUACUAAAAGCGGUUCCACCACUAAAAAUAGGUUUGUUGUUUAAGAAGACACCUUCAGAGUAUUUCAUAGGAGACUGCGUCAAGCAAUCGAGAUUUGGGAGCUGAACCAAAGCCUCUAUAAAAGCAGAGUGGACUGCAUUUAAUUCUGAUUUCCAUCUAAAUGUUGCUAAAUUUGUGAGUCUUAUUUGCUUUUGUCUUGUACGUCUGUUUUUUUUUUCUCUCUUCCCAUUUUUUUGGCUGAAGUAACUUUUAUUCAUCAAUCAGAGAAUUUCAGUACAACAUUUGCCCCCUGAAUCUAUGAAAGGUCUCCCAGCCCACUCUGUGAUGCUUCUUAGGAGAGUAAUUAUUAUAUGGAAAGAAUACCUGAAAACAGUGCCAUUUCUACAGGGGAAUAAACUGCUACUUUUUUUUUCAUCUUUGCAUUGUAUGCAAUAACAUGUUUUGUUGGUUUGGAAGAAAAGUAUGAUGCAUACAUUUUUCUAGCAAAUCUUUCUUUAUACAGCAUUGUCAUUGCUGUAACGGAAUGCUGAUGGCUGCUAGAUUUAAUUUAUUUGUUUCCCUUUCUGAUAACAUUAGUGAUAUUCUGAUUUCAGUUCUUGCUCAUGUAACAUUGGUGAAGGAUCUGGGAAUAUGACAAAAGAUUUAAUAAACAUUAAUUUUGUGCAUUCUUUGGUAAUUAUUUUGUAACAUCAAAGCUUUGCUACAAGUUUCAUGCAUUUCAAGUCAAAUCAGUGAUAUGUUUGUGUGAUUUCCUGAAGAUAAUUGUGGAUUUUUAAAAAAUGUAACACCAUAAUUACAUUCCUUACUAGAAAUAGUAUUCCUGUUUUUUGUAUCUUAUGCUGUAUUUUAACACUUUGUAUUCCUUAGGUUAUAUUUUGCUUUGGUUUAAGAGCGGCUCAAAUAGAAAAGCAGUCCCAUUCAUAUUAAGACAGUGUACAAAACUGUAAAUAAAAUGUGUACAGUGAAUUGUCUUUUAGACAAGUAGAUUUUGUCCUUUUAUUUCAUUACACUGAUGUGUUUUGUACUACUCCUGACAAGAAAGUCUCUGUUGUGGCUUCUGUUGUAGUGUAUCUUCCAGAAGCAGUUAAGUCUUAAUCUACAGAUGAAUUCAGGCUGUGCUAAUUUUAAUAAAUCUUAGAUAGCAUUAUCUUCAAA